UUUUACAGAGGUCAAAGUUGGCAAUGCCAUGUGUGUACACCGCUUCAGCUACAGAACAUUUGAGUUGGAUGCGUCUAUAGUUUUUGCUUUGUCCGCGUAUACUUCUUAAUAAAGUAAUUCAAAGUCGUCCGUUAAGUACGCAGACGGUUUUAGUUGUAGCCAGUUUUAACAAACCAGCCUGUGCUAAUUCGCGCUAGCUUCCUCAGUUCAGCUGAUAGAGCAGUUUGCAUCUUUUAGCUGCAGGACCUUCUCAUCAUGAUUUAGAGGGACAUGUUUAAAGCCCGACCGCUGCUGAGUGCCUUAGUUAACCACAGACAGAGGCUGGAGAGAAACGGUGGCUUUUAUAAAUUGUUUUGCAUGAUGAGUGAAGGGUCUGUUGAUCAGCAGCCAGCAAAGCUGAUGAAGAGAGCCAAUGAGGAAAACGAAGACUCCACUGAGAAGGUGCAAACCACUAAAAGAGUAAAAACAGAUGAGGCACACACUGAAGAUGAAAAGAAGUAUCCUAAAAAGAAAGUCGUCCUUCUUAUGGCAUACUCUGGGAAGGGCUACUAUGGCAUGCAGAGAAACCCUGGAAACACUCAAUUUCGAACCAUUGAAGAUGAUUUGGUCACUGCUCUUGUUAAAUCUGGUUGCAUUCCUGAAAACCACGGUGAUGAAAUGAAGAAGAUGUCUUUCCAAAGAUGUGCUAGAACAGAUAAGGGUGUGUCUGCUGCUGGCCAGGUGGUGUCUCUAAAGGUCCGCAUGAUUGAGGACAUCAUUGAAAAAAUCAAUGAGAAUCUGCCGCCACAGAUCAGAGUGCUCGGACUGAAACGGGUAACCCAGGGUUUCAAUUCAAAAAACAACUGUGAUGCUCGUACAUACUCCUAUAUGCUUCCAACUGUGGCCUUUUCCCAAAAAGACUAUGAUACUGGGAAUAUAUCAGCCUUUCGCCUGGAUCCAGAGACACUUCAGAGGGUGAACCGGCUUUUUUCCCUCUACAAAGGCACCCAUAACUUCCACAACUUCACCUCCCAAAAGGCUCCAAGUGACCCCAGCGCUCGCCGCUACAUCACCGAGAUGUCCUGUGGUGAGCCUUUCAUCUGCAGCGACUGUGAGUUUGCUGUGAUCACCGUGCGAGGCCAGAGCUUUAUGCUGCACCAAAUACGCAAGAUGAUCGGCCUGGUCAUUGCGGUGAUCAAGGGCUACGCGAAGGAGGCAGUGAUGGAGCGGAGCUGGGGGCAAGAGAAGGUGGACGUUCCCAAAGCUCCAGGAUUGGGGCUGGUUCUGGAGAGGGUCCACUUCGACCGGUACAACAAACGCUUCGGAGGGGACGGCCUGCACGAGCGGCUGGAGUGGGAUCGCGAGGAAGAAGCAAUCAUGGCCUUCAAGAAGUCUCACAUCUACCCCACCAUUGUUGAGACGGAAUGUCAGGAGGGCUCCAUGGUCAGCUGGAUGUCCACACUUCCUAUCCAUGACUUUGAAGCCACAGCUGCUGGAACACGAGACAAUAAGGAUCCAAAACAAGACAAUGCAGAUGAGGGAAAUGACUCUGAUUAGGCCACCAUGCCUGAAGAAAGAGGACACGUUUUCUCACCAAAAUAGAUUUUUUUUUAUUGGAGAAUUUUCCUUCUUUUUACUGUUUGACAUUACAAUAUCAGUUUUUUAGUAGGAUCAAAUCCUGUUACUCUUAUACAAAUGUUGUGAACAAACAACAAGGUAAUAAAAGCCUCUCUGUUCUGUA